UUCCCUCGCCUUAUGGUCCGCUCGUACCUGGCCGCAGUGCACAAGUCAGGGCUACUGUCGGGAAUGCUAUGUGCCCCCUCCGGGAGCCCACGCUCCUCCACUGCUCCUCCUCGGCCUCUCCCCACCUCCUUUUCCAUGACCCUGGGCUGCGGCCGCUGUCCCGCUGUCCUCCGCAAUGUUUCCUAGCCCUGUGACAACCACCCCCUUCUCGGUGAAGGAUAUCCUGAACCUGGAGCAGCAGCAGCAGCAGCAGCAGCACAGCGGCCUGGGCUCCAUGGAGCUGGCCUCGCUGGCCUCCCCGUCCUGCAUGCUGGCCACCUUCAAGCAGGAGGGGUUCGGCUCCGAGCCCCCCGCCCUGCCCGAGGAGCUGCCCGAGCCUCCCCCCGGCAAAACCGCGGCCGCUUUCCCCGGCUCCUACUAUGUGAAAAGCUACGUGGAGAUGGACUCGGCCAAGGAGGCCAAGGCGGACAAGAAAGAGCUGUGCUCCCUACACAAGAGCCUGGAGCAGGAGAAAAGAGACCUGGAAGACCCCGAGCGCCCCAGACAGAGGAAAAGGAGGAAACCUCGCGUCCUCUUUUCUCAAGCCCAAGUGUACGAACUGGAGAGAAGGUUCAAGCAGCAGAAAUACCUCUCGGCCCCCGAGAGGGACCACCUAGCGAACGUCCUAAAGCUCACCUCCACGCAGGUGAAAAUUUGGUUCCAGAACCGAAGGUACAAAUGCAAAAGGCAGAGGCAGGACCAGACGCUGGAGAUGGUGGGGAUCCCUCCCCCGCGGCGGAUCGCGGUGCCGGUGCUGGUCCGCGAUGGGAAGCCCUGCCUGGGGGAAUCUUCGCCCUACAGCUCGCCCUACAAUGUCAGCAUUAACCCCUACAGCUACAACGCCUACCCCGCGUACACCAACUACAACAGCCCCGCCUGCAACGCCAACUACAACUGCAACUACCCCUCCAUGCAGCCCAUGCAGCCCUCGGCGCCCGCCAACAACUUCAUGAACUUCAGCGUGGGGGACUUGAAUUCUGUGCAAACUCCCAUCCCGCAGGGCAACGCGGGCAUCUCCAGCUUGCACGGGAUCCGAGCCUGGUAGAGCCGGCCGGGGAUGGAGGGGCCGCGCCUGGAGCCGGGCUCGGGACAUUGCGGGGCUUGGGGAGGGCUCGGCGGAGCAUCCCGGAGGAUCUCACGGCUUUGGUGGCCACGGACGGGGUCGGUGUUUCUCCCGGGGCCAGGCAGGCACUGGAGGGGGAUGUCCGCGUUUCCCGGCCCCUCUCGCUCCCCUUCCACCCGGCUCUUCACCUUGAUAAUCCCCUUCCUUCCGUCCUACAAACCAGCCGGUAAUUUCGCGUGACUUGUUCCCGACAGCACCCAGCCAAGCCCUGCAACUCUCCCUCUCUUUUUUUUUUUUAGAAAAAAAACCAACUUUUACUCCAUGUUAAUUAUUAUUAUUGACGUCCACAUUUAAUUUUUGCACUUCCCGUACGGUCCCCGCUGUUCGGUAUCUCGGCACCCCCAGGUGUCCCUUGCGAGGCUGCUGCUGCCGGCCUGGGCAGGGAUGAGGACAGACAGACCCCCGGCCCAGCCGAGGGACACAGACACUCCGGCCCGCCAGGUCCCGUAGGGUUCUGCACUAAAACGUGAAUUAGUAUGGAAAUGCACUGUCCGCCCCUUCCGACGUGUUGCCCUUUGCUGUACGAGCUGACGGAGAUCAGCGAGUUGUCAUUAAAGAGAGUGGCUGAA